CUGGGUAAACCAGAAUGUCCGUGGAAAUUGAUGGAAACCCAUCUUUUGAUGAUAAAACAGUAAAGAAUGAAAAGAUAAAAAAGCGGAAAAGAAAAGAUGAAGAGAAAAAUACAGGCUCUGAUGCUGCCAGCGCUGCAAUUGAGCGUUUAAAAAAAUCAGCUAGCCUGGCCCAAGCGGCGCAACAGAAAAUAAAACAAGAAAGCAAAAAUGAAGAAGAAAAAGAUAUUGAAAUGGAAGAUGUUGAACAGAAGGCUGCACUACAUGGCCUAACACCAAUUCCUCAACCCAGUAUCGAUGAGUAUUUGGAAGCAAAGUCUUCUGCUGCUCCCUCUAUUGUUUCCUCUCUUCCAAAGUGGCUUUCGGAGCCUAUUUUGGUUGAUCCUACUACAACAAUCCAAUUUUCGUCACUUAACAUUGCUAGUAAGCUGGUGGAAAAACUUCAAAGUCAAAACAUUGCCCAAGGAUUUGCAGUGCAGUCGUCUGUUCUUCCACUGUUACUACAAGAAGGAAGAGACGGUCCUAGCUACUCUUAUGGAGGUGAUCUUUGCGUUAGUGCUGCAACCGGUAGCGGUAAGACCCUUGCAUACGUUCUUCCUAUCGUUCAAUGUCUCAGUCGCCGUAUAGUCCCUCGUUUACGAUGUGUCGUUAUUGUUCCAACUCGGGAACUAACAAUUCAGGUUUCUCGUACGUUUGAGAUUUUCGCUUCCUGCAUGGGACUUGGUGUAUGUGGAUGGACUGGACAGAAGAACUUACUGCAAGAACAGUAUCAGUUGCUUGGAGGUUCAGAGGAAAAUGAGAGCACAGUGGAUAUUUUAGUGACAACUCCAGGAAGGUUGGUUGAUCACAUACAAAAUGAUAAUAUCUUUAGCUUACAGCAUCUACGUUAUCUAGUUAUCGAUGAAGCGGAUCGACUUUUGGAUCAAAGUUUUCAGAGUUGGGCUGAUGUUGUCAUGGCCGAAAUAGAUCACCCAAAAUUUUUUCAAAAGGAUAACGAGUUAUCAAAACAAAACAUAGCUCCUUUUUUCCUCUCCUCAUUACCUACGGCUUUACCUCAUCAUUUGGAUUCCCCUGUACAAAAACUGAUCUUUUCUGCAACUUUGACUCGUGAUCCAUCGAAAAUUGCAACCCUUCGUCUUCGAAAUCCCCGCCUGCUACUUGUGCAAAGCGAAGGUGUAGAGUUAGAUGAUGGAGAAGAGAUUGAGGGAGAUGCCAUUAUCUUCUCUGUCCCUCCUACAUUACAAGAAUAUCGUGUUUCUGUCAGUGCCGAGAAGCCUAUUCUUUUGCAUCACCUUAUUCACUCCAACAAUCUUAACAGUGUUCUUUGUUUCGUCAAGUCGAAUGAAGGUGCCGCUCGUUUGCACCGGUUGCUUGAGAUCUUUAACGGUAUUGAAGGGAAAAACUACCCGUGUGGUUUGGUAUCAGGCAAUAUUUCUCGUGAUGAACGAAAAAAGAUGCUUAAUGGAUUUGUCUCUGGUGAACUGAAGCUUUUGGUAUGUUCAGACUUGAUGGCUCGCGGUAUAGAUGUCGCCAACACAGAGCAUGUAAUCAACUAUGAUCCUCCAUCGAGUCUUCGUCGAUACGUUCACAGAAUCGGUCGUACUGCUCGUGCUGGUAGAUACGGCUAUGCUUGGACACUUGUUCAAGACCAUGAAGGUCAUCACUUUUCCAAGUUGCUCAAGCAUUUAGGAAGAACACUCCCUCUCCAGCGCCUCCGUCUUCAUUUGAAAGACUUGCCUAAAGAGUAUGUGGAAUUGUAUGACAAUGCUUUAGAAACGCUUCGCACGGAGGUAUAUGAGUCACGGAAAAGCUCGAAAUAAUUCAAUUUGUUUCGAGAAGAAAGAGAAAAGAAAAAAAAAAAUUGUGCAAGGGCUUUCAUUCUAUUUAGGAAACAUAUUUAAUGGUUGAUAUGGUUUAUUUUGGGAAAUUAGUUUUAUUUGCUAAGUUUUAAAUAACUAAUUAUAUUCAAUUCUUGGACGGAUCUGAAGAUCAUGCCUUUCUCGCUAAAACUUCUU